AUGUUCUUCAUAUGUUUGCUUUGGUUCUCCGUACUUGCGCAGGGACAAGCCCAAUUUUUUGAGCCGGAACCUGAACUACAAUUUGCAGGUUCGAGGAAAUGUUCUUAUUAAAUAAAAUAAUUGAGUACAGGUUACGCGGCUAUCAAUAUUCCUGCCAACAAUCAUGAAGAACCGGAAAACUAUAACUAUCUACCUUAUUCCUCACAAUUUUCUCAACAGUUUCUCACCAGAAAUCAUCAGUCGGAGUUGCAACAACAGCAGCAACAACUGUUACAGCAACAACAACUAAUUAUGUCUCAACCCCAGCAGAUUAAUCACCUUUUUUCAAAUGCUAACCCUAUUCCAAAACGUGAGAAAGGGAAUGUCUUCAGUGUAGUGGAAAAAGAUAAAGAAACACAACAAGGUGACUUUUAAACUGAACAAUUUCACUUCCAGCCGGAGAAUUUUUCGAAUACAGUACUUUCUAACAUUUCAGAACUUCCCGAACUCACAAGGAGCAGUUUAACUCUUGAGCAUGCAACUUAUUUGAGUCUUAUCAACGAUAAAGAAAACUUUCAGGUAUAGCUAUCCGUGUUUUUUGUGUAAUUAAUAUUUUAUCAGUAUUUUAGGUUUCCGGUUGUGGCUGGGAUCUAAUCCGAAUGCAAUGUCAUGAUCUUUUUGGACUUUGCAAGGGCGGCUGUCGAGAUUUCGCAAUCGCCUUGAACACUCCAAUUCAUGACUGCAGGUACUGUAGCAUGUUCUUUUUGUGAAUUAUUUUCUUGUUCACAGAUGCAUUCCGUUUGGCUACAUGGCACUUCUAAAAUUGGCCGGAAAAUGA